UAUGUUUGAUCAAAGUCUACCUUUCUUUUAAGAUUAUAAAACUGUAGGCUUUAGAACUAUUUGUUUGUACAAUGGUUGGUAGUACUCUGGUUUCUGUAAGUGGGCGCAACAUGUUGCCAUUUUUUUAAAGCAAGGUUCUUACGGUGGAAGACAUAUGAGCAGGAAUUUCAUUUCAGCUUGCUGUUAAUAUCUGCAAUAUCAGUAGCUGUACUUAGCACGGGCUCACGGCUACUAAGUCUGUUACUUGACGCUGUCGAAAAUGUUUUGUAAACUGGUAUUAAUUGUAUUCUAUGUCCUCGAAACAGAAACCGAUUGGAAUUAUUGCACUGCUGGAUGAAGCUUGCAUGUUUCCAAAAUCUACUCAUGAGACCUUUGCAACAAAGAUGUUCAGAAACUUCUCUUCCCAUCCUAGGCUUGAGAAGACAAAAUUCUCAGAAACAGAUUUUACCAUCUCACACUAUGCUGGGAAGGUUACAUAUCAAACGGAUUCUUUUCUGGAAAAGAAUCGAGAUUAUAUUGUCGCAGAGCACUGCAAUCUUCUAUCAUCUUCAAGGUGCCCAUUUGUUUCUGGACUUUUCACUUCGUUGCCGGAAGAAUCUAUAAGAUCCUCCUAAAAGUUUUCAUCAGUUGCUUCCAGAUUU